UGAUUUUUAUGUACCAAAAGUCCAACUUGUUGACCCGAUUUAUAUCCGGAUCCCCGAUUACGCUAAUAAGAACCAUUACAGUAUCUUGGAUUGGCUCAAACAGUGAAAUUAGCUGUGCAACAAUGGCAGAAGUUCAAGCACUCAUUGAAUUGGAUGACCAUCUCACGUCCGCAAAGGUUACACUGACAACUGAAGAAAGUAAACUAUUAGAUUCAUGGAAGCAAUCUGCUGUAACAGAUUUUUGCAUUGGUGCCGCUGGUGCUUCCGUUGCCACUUGGUUAGUUACUCGAAGGCUGCAUAACCUAUUCCGCAUCAACCUUGCAGUAGGUGCUGGUUGGUUCUAUGGCAAGUGGAGAUUUUACAAGUCCGUGGAUUCAGGUGUUGAACUUAUUCUCUCUCAGCAGGGAACUCGUCUGCAAAAGGCGUUGGGGGAAAUAAUGUUGAUGAAGUACCAGCGUCAUCCGCCUGUAUUGCAGCAUGUCUCCAAAUAUUUUUACUCUGAAAAUGUUUAUGAUGAUGAUUCAACAGACAAGCCAAAACCGAGGUGGCGUUUCCGGAGUACCUAUGGGGAAAUUUUUUCUUCUCAUAGGACAGCUGAUGAUGACUCUUCCAGUAAGAAAUCCCAUUCGGAGAAUACUGAUAUGAGGAAGACUAAUCUUGAGAGAAAGCAAAUGAAUAUAAAUGGUGUCGGUGCUGCUGCUGCUCUAGAGUCAACCGAAGACCCAUUUGAUUGCAUACUCGGACAUCAAGUGAAUGUCGAAGAGAAUGAUCGCCCUGAUGCACCUGGCACGCUGCCUAGAAGGCGUAAUCAUAGUCACAGACGGUCUCAUGGCAGGCGUCGGAUGCAUCGCCACGAGAAGAUGGAAGGUUGAGCUUUUACUUGGCCGACCUUGAUGAAUGCAGAUCAAACUUAUCUGUCCUUGGGGACCAGUCUUGCAUGCCCUGUUAUAUAUUAUCUGCCGCAAAAUCUCCACUUUGAAACUGACAUUACCUAAAAGCUGGUUGUAUAUAGUUAUAGUUCAGUGGCUUUUGUGAUCAUAAACCUAUUUAAUAGAAACGGUUUAUGGAUUAACUCAAGGGAAGCUAGCAUAAAUUUGACAGAGGAUGAUGUGUAAUAGACGCAGAAUUGAGGUGUCAAUUUGCAGCAUUUCAUAUCCAGUCUUAUAAAUUCUCCUCUCUUGCUAAU